GUUACCGACCUCUUGACGUGCAUCCACCAGACUUCCAUGUGGGGAGCAAAUGACUGUUGAGUUUCUUUCUCUUUCUCCCCUCGAGCAAAAUGCAAAAUGCAUGCAGGCGGCCGGUUCUUUUCUUAUCACCAAUCCAAUCUUAAUUAAACCAGGGAGAAAACUACAAAGAGAAGGUGUACAAAGUUGAGAGGACAAAAAAAUGAAAGGGAGAGGACUGGAUCCAAAUGGAUAGAUGUAUGUCAUGAAAGCUUAUAUGGUGAUUAAUUAUUAUGCCUUUUUUUAAGUUAAUAAUUGAAGGGAGACCCAUGAGGGUUCAAUUUUCACUAAUCACUACUUGGUGAGUGCUGCAGUCAUGUCGGUAAUACUUCGGGACAUAUCUAUUUAUUCGUACAUGUGAUUGAUAAACAUACGUAACACGAAAAAGAUAUGUCGUAAAUCAGUUAUAAAGAGAGUAACAUGACUGAUAAAUCCAAAAUAUUUUGAGCGUAACAUGAUCUAAUUAGUUGUUCACAUUAUAAAGCUUACGUUGUAAUUCGCUUUAUGGAAAGAAAUAACAAGACGAGAGUAAAACCCACAUCCCAUCUCACUUUGUUAUUUGUUAAUGUGGGCAGGUAAUACUUACUUACACGAGAUGAAUCGGGAUCAACUAAUUAGAUCAUGUGAAUUAGGUCUAAAUUGACAUUCUUCCAAUCAUAUGGAAUCACAUAUCACAAUAGUUAAUCUAAUAACAAUUAUAAUGAUUUAUGUCAACGUCGACCAAUUUCUUUGUAAUCGAACGAGCACGAUAAAUAUGUGAAAGUCGAUACCGCCCGGAUCAUUCCAUGUGAGAACGAAGGAAAAAAAAACUGAAAUAAUGCCAUGACCUACAAUGACAAUACAUCACUGAUCCAAUCACAUAUGGGCAAUAUCGAUCGCAAACGGAAUAGAAAGAACAGAAAGAGUUAAAAUAGGUAGGUUGUCUGUCUUUCAGCAGCUUCUCCUCAUCCUUCUUCUCUUCACAUCAUUUUCCCUACCAAUGAAAAGUUGUCUUCAAUGUUCUUCCUAAUCCUACAAACACCAUUCAUAUAUGAUCGAUGAACAUUAUAAUGGAGAAGGGUCUAUCAGAAAACAACCAUUGCAAGUUGCUUUGUCCCUUGAAAAGUAAAAAAAGGUGAUGGGGAUGUUAAUCACUUUUACGGUUAAAGCCGUCUCAAAAUAUUACAUUGGCGAAAAUGAUCAUACGAGUGGUUAUAGAUUAACAUCUCUCAUUUAAGAGUGUAGCUCUUACCCACUUUCGUGAAGGGAAAGACCAAGGUGACCUCCAAACUAUGCGUGUGCAUCGUUCGAUUGAGUGAGUGGACGGAUUGGGUUGAGUUGGUUCAGGCGAGAUACUAUUUUUUUUUAUAGAUAAUUUGUUAUAAUAAACUUUCUAAGACGGAAAAGGCUGGAGUAACCAUCCUUAUUAAAAACGUAUUUCACUCGAACAAGGAGAAUUGAGAGUGGUUGUUUUAUCAUUGAUACGCUCGAUUGAAACUCCGUCGUUCGCGGUCACAGGAACGCUUUCAAAAGAGCAAUCUAACCGGUAACUCAAGCAAAUCGGAAAACUAACACGAUGUGAGAUUCAACUCCACGUGUCUCCGAAGGUUCGAAUGUUUAUUAGGGAUAUAUAAAAUCCAUCCAUUCAAGAAUCAAAACGAUAACUAAGGCCUCGUUUGCUAAUGGGAUUUGGAAAUGAGGGUUUUGGUCUAGAUUUGGGUUUUGAAAACCUUAAGGAUUUAUAAUGGAUUUGAUACAUUGUGUUUUUGUAAAGUCUCUUGUUUGCUACAUAGAUUUGAUCAUGGAUUUAAGGAUUAGGGAUUUAUGACUAGAAAAGGUAGAUUACCACAUUGUCCUUCUUUAUUUCUUUUUUUUUUUUGGGUAGAAAGCCUCCACCUCAUCGCAAGUUAUUAUUAGCAGCCUCAUCGCAAGUUUUUCCUUUGAAAAAGAAAGCCCCCACCUCCAGCCGCUCACAUCUCCACCGCCAACAAUCAGCAUACCCAGAGGUGUGGGAUCCUUGUGAUAGCAACGCGAGUCUUCCUUUCAUUAACGGCUACUACAAUUCCUCCGGAGGAUUCGUCCCCGUGGACAUGAGAAGCGGUCAGAACGUCCGCGCUUGGAUCGAUUUUGACGGUAGCAAUUUCGAUAUCAAUGUGACGGUCGCGCCGAUUGGGAUCAAAAACCCUCAAUCCAGUGGCCGGUCGUGAACACUAUCUUCUCCUGUGCUAGCUGGACUCGGGUAAAUCUCUUUCUAUUCUUCUCCAUUCAUACGAUGAUUGACUAAGAUGGUUGAUGCUCGUGCGAAUCAGUUGAAAGGAACCUGCAAAAUCAACUCAUGGCAAGUAGAAGGAAUUGGGCGAAUCUGGUGGAUGACUUCGAAUACGAUGAGGAAGAGACUAGUGAACCUUGUGAUUUCUUUCAAUGGUAUGACAUAAGAGUUGCUGUGUUCAAAUCAACAAGAAUGCUGUCUGAACUGGUUGCAAAGUUAACACUUGAGAAUGAAGAGCUUCGUGCUUCAUUAGAGAGACUUGGUGCUCGUCUGGCCAAGGAGACAGCUACGCCAUGCUGUGUUGAAAUAAGUGAAGAGUUGCAGACUGUGAAGCAAAGGUUGGAGCAUUUGGAGUUAGAGUCUUCAAGGAGGAAGUGAUUGUAACAUAAGUUGUAUAAUCCUAUGUGGAAUGUUGUUGACUAGCUAACAUAGUUAGCAUGUAUUUACUUGUGUGAAUGAAAUCACGCUUGAUGCUGCAAAUGUAAACAGUAGGAAGUGAAUGAAAGCUUGAUUUUGUCCCUUUCAUGGUGUGAAUAAAUUGCUGCAACUUUCAAUGUGUUUGGCCUAUGAAAUAUGCAGCAAGUGUGCAAUGAAUUUUCUGAAUCUGC